ACAAGAAGCAAAACCAAUUGUGAAUGAGAGAUGACUUAGUGCUAAAGUAGGUAUGAGGUACCUAUUUCCAAAUCACGUGACCAACACGUGCACAGCGUCAACGAGAGAAAACCUUAAGGCUCUGGACUUGCUGAACCUUUGUCGAAUACGACCAUCUGCUGCCUGCCGAAACCUUUGCGACUGUAUCGUCUUGUGGCUAUCUCCCACGGCCGUAACGAGCUUGUGACUUGCGCCGUAAAUCGAAACACAUGUUCUUCCUUCAGAUCUGGAUGAAGCCGCAAGUGCUCAGAUUCCGGAUGCGGCAUUGUUGCUCACCCAAGUAAAGCAAGUCUGUAAUAUAGAAAAUGAUUUGACUUGAAAAAGAGUGAUCUAUAAGGUCGAUAUGAGCCGAAGAAAUACGGAACCGGUGCUGAAGAGGCAGAAAGACGUGCUGGAGGUAUGCAUUAGAAUCUCACUUAUUGCCCUGUACGGCUCUUUCUCCUGCCAUUGCUCAAUAUUCAUUCCAUGACAUCAAUCUCAGGGAAAGCAAUCGCCACCAUCCGUUCCGUUUCGUUUUGAUUUGCGGAUAAUUGCAUGAAACGCAUGUCGGCCACGUUGUACGACCGUUGGAAGGUACAUGUCAGGCAUCACAACUUGAUUGCCGACUGUCCCAAAUGAUGGGAGCUGCUUGGAUUAACUGCAGGUCGCCAUCCAUUCUGGAUCUGUUACUUGGAGACCCCAGCGCAUCUCCAUUUGCGCAGGAAGGGGCAGGCACCUGAGAUGGUAACAGAGGCCUGAAAAGUGGUUAUGUGAGUGCGUUUGUCAGAUGUGUGACCAAGGGAAGGGAUUGAGCGGAUGUAACAUGUCUUGUACAUCCAACCUUGAAGAUACCUCUUCACUUACAAAUAUCCCAUCCCUCGAUAAAUGAACAUAAUCAAUUGCCCUUGCCUUGAACGCUCCCCUCGAUCUAUGAAAAGGCGUUGACUGCUCCUUUUCUUGACGCCACCUCCAAAGAUCAACGACCUUAAGGAAAGACUUAUCAAAUCCUCAGAGCUCAACAACUUCUGCAUCCAAGAUCCAGAGCACAUAAUGUCGGCAACUUCAACAGCAACACAUCUCAAUUUCGACUCCACGUCGACUCCGCUCAAUCCGAGUUCACCAUACACGAAUUCAAACCCAGCAAGCGACUGGUCUGCUCUGGCCAUUGCCACAAUCCUCUUGACGGUCACGGGCUUCGUCACCGUUAUUGCCGUUCUAUUUUGGAUUUUUAGGAAGGAGAAGCUCGCCAGGGAGGGAGAACGGAGAGAGACAAACGCCAAUUUCUGGCCUGGCUUUCCCACUCAGAGGAUGGAGCAAAGGCAAUCGACAAGAGUCUUGCCUCGAUAUUGUCAGGGCUGAUUGACGAGGAUGAGGAGGAUACAGGGGGUUCGCGAUGAGGCUUGAAUGGACACUUUGGAGACGGGACAACCACGGAAGGUUUGAAACGCGGGGUCUCGUGUUGACGAGAGCUGCGAGCUCUAAAUGUCCGGCUUCCAAACUUUGUAAUGUGUGAAGAAGUGGCUUCAAUUGUACGAUAUGUGGACGUUUCCUUCAGUUAGAGGUUGUUCUUGCUUGAUCUCUUCACUGUCGUUCCAAUGAAUCUAAACACUUAAGACCUCGUCUUCCCCAACCACUUCUCAGCCCUCGAAGAAGCAAACAAGUUUAGUCCCAAGCCUUUCCGUUUCCACUCAAUGCGAAUAGGGGGGCCGAACACACCACAGCGCGUCUCCUAAUUUCACCAACGCGUUGGACGCGGAAAGGCCAGCUCAGGCCAGCUUCUCCCCCGCCAUGCUCAAACUACCAUACAACUCUAUCGCCAGGGCGUUUCCUAAUAGAAAUCUUAAUCAUGCAAUAGUACUUCUCAUUGGUGCCCGCCCCCUAUUCCAAGUGUUUUCCGUUAGGUUCCUCUUGAUCGCGCCGGGAAAGGAGACAUGCAAUUGGCGAGGUGGACCACCCAGGACCCAGGCGGUGAGCACGGAUGUUGUGGAUAUCCUCACAAGUUUGAAGCGAUUUGCAGGGAUUCUUCCCACAACACAACCCUGGAUUUGGGGCCGAUCCUUAUUAUGGAAUUCUAUCAAGCUGGGGGGCUCUCCUCUUUUCCUUUCUUUUCCUUCCGUCUUUCACUGGGAGGCUUCUUGUUUCCCCAAGUACAAAAACUACAACUUCAAAAGUGCUUCAAUGCUCUGUUGAUUGGUGCCCUUCAGUCAGAUUAUCCUGCCAGUUUACUACGGCAAGCUCCAGUUUAUUCUGCCCGAUAGGACGAAAAGUUUAGUCUUUUGUCGGCGGGAUUGGGUGAUCCAAAGGUUCCCCGGCCACAAAUAGUCCAGAGACGUAUCAUUUCAUUGCCCUUCAAAGGGAUCAAUCGUGUUUGCCCUGCCCCGAUCUCAAUAAUACUCAUCACUUCUCCCAAGAAUCAAGCAUCCCUCGACUCAGCUAUUGACACCAAAAUGGCUGCUCCUGUGUCUGCCCAAGCUGCUCGAGCGUUAGAGCAAGUGAAGAUGGGCCUAUAUAUGCUCUAUGGAGCUUCUUACUUCACUGAGGAUGAAUGGAUCAAAAUUGACGGUUUGAUCCAUAAAGGACAAUAUGUCUUUACGAAUGGACCUUCUCUCCUCGACGGCAACUUCGAUGGAGAAUUGAUGUCCUUCGACGACGGUAACAACAAACCAGACCUUACCAUCCAGAUGAAACCCGAUUCGUCCUUUGAUACUGUGAAGGAAGAUACAUUUGUGGUCACUGAGACCCAGGUCGACUCUCCGACUGAGUCUGAUCGUGCUGAUUCUGCGACCGAGCCAGCAGAAACUCCAACCCAUACCUCAAUUGAAACUUCUUCCGAUGACGAGGUUCCUGCGAAAGCUGCAGAACCCGACCCAGCCAUGUUCGACUUUUCCCAAUGGGAUCCUCCUGCUGAGAGCACCGAAUCUACAAACCUUCCCGAGCCUUCCGAGGCCACACCCGAAGCUGUGAGCACUGAAGUGCCUGUAGAGACUGAAACCGAGACCAACACCGAGACCAGCGCCGAGUCGCCUGCCGACGAAGAACUCUCUACUUUCGAACCCCCAAAACGCGAGCCAGUUGAGAUCCCAUCUGCUGGUGGACUCGCACUUGGAUAUACACAAGCACAAUUGGACGAAAUAAAGGCUUUCAAUCAAAGUCUCACAAAGGCUGGCAAGAAAGGAAAGCGCAGAGCACAAUCUCCAUCACCAAGCUCCCAACCAUCUGAAGCAACGACACAUGCUCCGACUCCCAGCGAGCAUGAAAAUCGCAUUCAGUCAUGGGCAUCCGAAGUCGAUGCCCAAGAACCAAUGGCCGAAGCCCCAUCACCAGGACCGGUACUCCCAGUGAUCGCCAACGAGUUUAUUAAGACCUAUGGUCGACAACCCAAAAGUAUCAAUGAUCUUGUUCAGCCAAAUAAUCCUGCAUUUGUGCCAUUGGAUCGCCGUACUCCUCGCAUCGUCGCUCCGAUCAAGAAACCUAAGUCGACUGGUGGCACUCAAGUGUUUCCUCAAGUAAAUGUUGCACCUGGGACAAUUCUGAUCGCACAGAGCAAUCAGCCAAAACGCAGCACAGUUGAGCUCGACGUCAGAUCUGGUGAUCAUAUUCGAAUGUUGAAACAUGUUUCGGGCAUAAACCACCAAGCGCAGAAUAUGCGUACCAACCUUAGAGGCCAAAUAUCCGAGAAUGUGUUCAAGAAGAGCCCAGAUGUAGCGAAAAUUGACCCAACGGCGGAACAGCAACGGGCAUUUUCGCAGAGGACACCAAGUAUCAGCAGCAACGGACUCGACGGUAUGGAGAGAAGAAACGCCGCUGAAUGGGAUGAUGUGUCAGUCUCGAGCAGACAAAGAUCAGUCACUGCUGCAAAGCCGAAGCCCUUUGGUGGUUUGGGGUCAUCUAGGUUUGCGGUCUUGGACGAGACGAAGAGUGUUGUCAGUUCUGCCAGCGAAGACAUGGUUUCGCGAGAAGAAGUCGCAAAGAUGGUCGAUGAAAAGUUCGCACAACUACUCGCAUCUCGCAAUGGUGCACCUCCUCCUACUGGUCCUCAUCUCCACGCAUUCCUUCCCCCCUCUUCCUCGACCCCUGCCAAUCUUCGAAUGGGUAAACCUACAUGGGGAGCACUGGCCGAUUCCAUCCCCCCUCCUACCACGGCUCAGAUCCAAGCUCAAAUUGCUCCGACACCAGCUCCUUUGGCUUUGGGCCAAGGUGAGGGAGAGUCUAUGAUGAGAGAUCCGUCAAAAGCUUUCAAGACUUGCUGGUACUGGGCGAAUGAUACCUGUCAGAACACGGCAGAGACAUGCAGGUACCUCCACAACCACUGUGCUGCGGGAGUUGCUCCCAAGCCAAGCGGAUGGAAGAACAACUGGAGCCGCUGGGGUAAGUCUGAGGCAACGGAUGAGUUUGGCAGGAGUGCCACUUGGCGUAGAGACAAUGAGCAGAAAGCCGAAGAUGAAGAAGAAGGAGAGCUGGUCUUGGAGACUGUAGAUGAUGGCGGCGACUGGAAAGAGGAGGAUGAAAAUGGCUGGGGAGAGAGUGCGCAGCCACCGGGGAGCACCACGGGCAGCUGGAACCAAGACCACCUGAACAACGGUUGGGGUGAUCCAGCUGAUAAGUAUAAGCCGCCCCAUGUGAAGGCUUUGGAAGAGAAGUCGUUGAAGGAGCAAGUGGGGUGGUAAAGAGCUUUUUUCUUGAUCUUACAUUGGUAUUUUAUCGUUAUUAUUUGUUCUCAAGUCUGUUAUUUGGCUUCGUUAUUCGGCGAGGAAAGAAAGAAAGAGUAUACUAUAGGACCAAGAGUCUAUUAUAUGGGAGAAAGCGAGAGUUAUUGAAAGAAUAAGGAGAGAGCAUAUUACUGUCUGUCGGAAAGGAAAAAGAUAUUUGUUACAAGGAGAUGCAAUUAGUAUUCCGAGUGGAAUUUAGUCAAGUCUAUUGAAUAGGAUGGGAAAUGGAUAAUUUGGAUAUAUACAGAAUAGCAUACGUACACAGAUAUGAGGAAUGAAAUAUAAAAAUUAAAAAC